ACACGCCACAAAUCAUAGGCUGCGGACGCAUUUACUCAACUCGAACAUCCUUCUGGCUGACAUUUUAAUAAGAAAGGGCACGUGCCCAUAAGACAUCGGCCUCACUUUUCAAACGAUACAUAACAUACAUUUUGUCUGUCUUCUUCGUCAGAGAGGCUAAAUGGCGGGUACUUGGUGGAACAGUGCCGCUUUUACUCACGUCCUUGUGGCUCUUUUCGGUAUGGGUUCCUGGAUUUCCGUGAACUGUCUCUGGGUUGAGCUACCCGUGGUUGUCAGAGUUCUGCCUGAAGGGUGGAGCCUGCCAGUCUAUCUGUCAGUACUGAUAGCCUUUGGGAAUAUAGGUCCGAUUGCUGUGACCAUAAUGCAUCACUGUGCCCCAGGACAGUUAAACGAGCGCCUGGUCAUCCACAGUAUCCAGGUUCUAGCAGUGGUGGCAUCAAUCUUCCUAGCCAUCUUUUGGUCACAGGUGGCCACUGUGGCAGGGGAAGUGAGAUCCGUACCAUAUCUGCUGCUCACAUUCGUUUUGGCUCUGGUUUGCUGUACAUCCAAUGUCACCUUCUUGCCCUUCAUGUUCCGCUACCCCCCUCAAUACAUCCGCACAUUCUUUGUUGGCCAGGGGCUCAGUGCCCUGUUCCCAUGUGUUGUGGCUUUGGGGCAGGGUGUGGGGAAAUUGGAGUGCAAAUUGAACAAUGGCACGGUACAGGCACACUACCUGGAUGAGAACUUCCCUGCCCAGGACUUCUUUUGGUUCCUGUUUGUAAUGCUGACAAUCUCAGCCCUCUGCUUCAUGGCGUUGACGCGUAGAGAAAUAACAGAGCCAGCAUCACAGGAGACCCCAGAGCCUGAAGUGGUGACGACAAAGGAAAAUGGGGAGGAGACCCACCCGCUCCAGAAUGGAGGAACACUGUUGUCUGAGGACCAGGUGGAGUUGGAGAAAGCAACCCCGGUCCAAACCUUCUGGACGCCACGCAACAUCUACCUGCUGGUGCUACUAGGUGUGUCCAACGCCCUGACCAACGGAGUCCUUCCCUCUGUCCAGAGCUUCUCCUGUCUGCCCUACGGCACCAUGACCUAUCACCUCUCUGUGGUCCUUGGCAACAUUGCAAACCCACUGGCCUGCUUUGUGGCCAUGUUUGUCCUUUGCAGGUCAUCUGUGGGUCUUGGUUUCAUGUCUGUAGCAGGGGGGGUCUUUGCGGCCUACCUCAUGGCUCUGGCAGUGCUCAGCCCCUGUCCUCCUCUCUUGGGGAGCUCUGCUGGUGUAUCCUUCGUGGUGGUGUCCUGGAUCAUCUUCACUGGUCUCUUCUCUUACCUGAAGGUAGUUAUAGGGACGUUGCUCCACAAGGCUGGCCAUGCUGCUCUGCUGUGGUGCGGUGUCUUCAUCCAGGCUGGCUCACUGAUAGGAGCCCUCUCCAUGUUCCCACUGGUCAGCAUUUACCACAUAUUUGCAGAGUCUGAGGACUGUGUGGACAACUGCAGUUAGUUAGGCACCAGGAACCACAGCUGGGUGAUCACGUCAGGGAUGGAAGAUGGAACACCCUUUCCAGGCCCAGAAGGGUUGAUGGGGGGGGUUCUGUAAGGGCUGAGGAAAGUUAUUCCAGGGGUAAUGGGAGAAUUGAGUUGCUGUGUCCUGGUUAAGGGGAUGUAUGUGAUGCAGUGCCGCAGGGGAUUUUUUAAAUUAUUGAUAUAGUUUCUUGGUUUGCUGAAGGAGCUGCUAUUACCGGUAUGUUUUUCCACUAAAUCAUGUGACAAGACUUGUUUAAUCAGGGACUGAAUCAAUAACACAAAUUCAUCCAGUUUGGCUGUCCCCAGGCCUUAGGAGUAAGAAACAAACACAUUAAUGGCCAGUUUCAGAGAGACAGAAGAAGCCCAGUCCUCGACUAAAAAGCAUGCUCAACGGAGAAUCUCCAGAGAAUGCAGAGAGUCCUGGACAGGGCUUAAUCUUUGACUUGGAAAGUGGCCCUAUGAAACUCAAAAACCAUGUUUCCAUCCACAGCUUUCAUGUGAUUUAAAGUCAUAUAAUUUAAAACAAAAAGCAUGACAGCUGUGAUGGAAACAGGACAGGUAGGUACAAUUUUAUAAAUGCUGACCGAUCAUUUCCUAGUUCGACAAGGUGGGAUCUUUGUGUCUAAAAUUAAUAAUGCGAGAAAUGGCAAAUAUUGACAAUCAUCAUAUCGAAGUCCACUUGUAAUGAUAUGGUGUGUGGUCCUCCCACAACGUCUUGGAGAAACCGUGCAGUUCAUUAGGCUACAAAUGAUAAAUUAGGCUAUAAAUGAUGAACUUCACAGGAUGGUGAAAGUGCAAGGUGAUCUUGAUGCUUUAUCUUAUUCUGGUGACAUGAUGAUCGAUGCUUGAAUGUCAUUUGACAAAUUAACAGAUUCUCGCUCUUAUUCAUAAUCAUCUCAUGUGGACUAGCCUACCCGCACAGCCUGUCCGCACUGUAUCUGCCGAAUGUUGAUACUUACGAAGACCAGAGUAGGCACAUUUGCUAUUUAACGCAACAGUUUUUGUGACUACUAUCGGAGAGUUUAGAGUAUUUGAAAAUGCGAUGGAAACCCAUUGUACUUUAGGUUUUUAUUUGUUACAUGAAAACGUACAUUUUGUGUGCGCACCUCUUUUUUAUCAACAAGUCCGUUUGGUGGAAACAUACCACCGGUGGAAUUAUUUAGUAUUUUUUAAAUGCAGGUUUUUUAAAUAUUUGGAUGGAAACCUAGCUAUAGACAGGUUUUAAUACUACUGUUGGACGCCUGGUGUCCCAGGUCUAAAUCAGUCCUUGAUUAGGUGGGAAGAAUGGAAAUCAGCAGUGGAACUGGAUUUGAGGUCCAGGUUUGAAUUUGCCUGUUCUAGGAGAUAUUUAUGUCUGUCACUUGGUAUGUCAUUGUCUGCCAUGUCAGAAUCAUCAUUCCAGAGAGAUUAUGUUGAAGCUUAUUUUGUGUUGUCCUGAUAAUUCUGAACAAUUACUUGUUUAUUUCCCUCCAGAUUAUUUCUCCAUACACAAUGGGAUUGUUUCUUUCUACUAAUGCCUUCGUCUCCUGUUGUGUAUUAUCAUCCAUGUAAUUUGGUGUUGAAUCUUUUUUGAUGACCAUUUUUUUUUAAUUAUUAACCAUUCCAAAUGCAAUGCCAAAUGUUAGCCUUCCUUCAGAUAACAUUUAAAUGUUAUCUUGCUAUCUAAAACAUUUUGGCAACGUUGAAGCCUCUGUCUUUAGGCCAAAACACCAGUGCUAAGUCUGAAUGUAAAUGCGACCUAAGUUAGCCUACUAAACACAUCAUGACUGAGACACAAGGGGUUUUUGUGAUUUCAGCUUCAGAAGGAAUAAAGAAAAUUAAAAAAUCUGCUACGCCUUAGUACCUCCUACAGUGACUAAUAUUGGAAAACUUGCUGCUCAAUGGAAUUUAUAGACUUUAUGUUGACAAUAUAGAAAUAGUAUUGGUCCAACAUGCCUUGACUCUUUAGUCAUGUUUAUAUCGUCACUAUCUGAUGAAAACAUGUUCAGGAAAAAAAUACCUUAUUUCCCAUUUAACGAGAACACAAUUAUGAGACAUCGGGCUAUUUUGAAUACACUUUCUUGGCCCUAGUCUUGAAAUGUACAUUGAGGGAAGUUACUGCUUUCAAUAAUUGUAUAAUAAAAAUAAAAAUAGUCAAAAACGGAGGAUCAAGGAUUUCGUCAGAUUGCGACAAUAUUUUACUAUACAUUUUCUAUAUGAUCAUUUUUGUUUGUUUUUUAAUGUGAAAAUGAAAGGUGAACUAGUUUCUCAGGCACUGAUUUUACAUUUGUGUUUUUUUUUUUUAUGUGGCCAUUUGUAAUCUUUCUUUCCUGCCUUAUUUUGUUGCCAAGUCAUAUUUUGUUGCCAAUAAGCUUAUUAUCUUUAGAUCGCUGUAUUAACAAUCCUUUUGACUGCCUUUCAGAUCUGGUGACUCAAAAUCACUUGACAGAAGUUUGGGAUGUUUGGAAAACCAAUAAUAAAAUAGGAGUGUUGAAGAAUCUGUUACAUUUUGUUCCUCAGAAUGUGAUCUUGAAUUGACACAUAAUGCAAGUCACCUACUCAGAAAAAUGAAUCAACCUCGAUGAUUCAAUCUCAAUUAAAACUUCCAACCAAUAGCUACUUGUUUUGUAAGCUUUGACAAUAUGGCAAAGUAAUUACUACUUGGCUCAAAUGAAUGUACGGGUGGAGGUAGCAGGUUUUCCGUUGCCUCCUGAGACUCAUUAUUACUCCUCACAGGAAUUGCCUUCUAUGGCCUAAAGUUACAUUGUUAUGGGUGAACAAAGCCCUAAUGCUAAGCACAGGUCUCAUCCUGUUGCUAUGCAUUCUCAGGAAAUGUUACAGAAGAGUUAUGGGAAUAUAUGAAUGCAUUUGACAUGCCUUUUUAACCAGGAUGGUAUUUUGGCCUACAUUAUCAUUAAUGAUAAUUGUUUGGGUCAUUCGGUAUGUAUAAAUGUUUCCUAUGGAAUUUUGUUCAGCUCUCUUUUGUUACAUUCGGGACAGUUUUGCCUAGUCCUUAGUGUAAUUUGGUCAACAUUCCAGUAGAUGUCGGUAUGAAGAAAGCCAAACAGGGCUUUAACUAGCUUUAUUGCUUUGGUUAAUCUUUCACCUGUUACUGUGGUUAUGGAUUGCAUUUCAAGAUCAUCACCAAUUUAACUUUCUCUGUAAAGCAGUUUGUGAACCAAAGUGAAAUGAGUGAAAAGUAAUCAGGUAUAACCACAACAAAAGAUCAAGAGAUCAAACCAUUUUUAAAACUCAUUUGAAAAUGUCCUCUGGAGAAAUGGACGGCCUUAGCUAGUUCUACUGUAUUUCCAGCUUAGCUAGUUCCCUUGAUCUCCUUAGGGAGAAUUAGAGAAAUGCUUAGAUACAAGAAUGUGUUGACUCAGCCAUAAGUUGAAAAGAAACAAUGAAAAUCUUGGUGUUGGUGUAAACCAUUACAUAUGAUGUCUCAAUGAAAAAUGUCCUGAAAUGUGCCUCUUGAGGGAACUGUGGAUGAAAUAUCAACUCAGGUGUUGAACAAACAUGUGUCUUGGUUGGUUGACAAAAGCACACCCACCAAGGAAUGGAGCUAAAAUCCCCAGGUCCCCUCAGAGGGAUCCUUCAGUGCAUAGGACUUUGGCUUCUCUGCACUGCAGAACCUCUGACUGAACUCCCUGCUGUCUACCCAACAAUCCACUUCCAAGCGCACCAGUGUUCAGUACCCAGAUUCACAAUGUCACUUUUCAUCCAUAUAUUGGCCUGCCUGUUUGGCAUGGGCUCCUGGGUGUCUAUCAACGGACUAUGGGUAGAGCUGCCUCUCAUCGUGCCCCAGAUCCCCGAGGGUUGGUACCUGCCAUCCUACCUAUCCGUCCUCAUCCAGAUGGCCAACGUGGGGCCCCUGUUCAUCACCCUCAUGCACCGCUUCCGCCCCGGGGCGCUCAACGAGACAGUGGUCAUCUAUGUGAUCAUCUCCCUGGGCAUGGUGGCCAGCUUUCUCCUGGCCUUCUUCUGGAAGGAGACUCUGCUGGUGGCGGGCGUCCCUCGCAGCGUGGCCCUCCUCCUCCUUACCUUCUUCCUCUCCACUGUGGACUGCACCUCCUCUGUCACCUUCCUGCCCUUUAUGAUGCGUCUGAAGCCCCAGUACCUCACCACCUACUUUGUAGGGGAGGGUGUCAGUGGCCUGAUACCCGCCCUGGUAGCCCUGAUCCAGGGGGUGGGGGUGGUCCACUGUAAUAACUGCACUCGGAUGAUAAAUGACACUGGCUCAGUCAGUCUUAGCUACGAACUUCAGGCUCACUACCAGCCGGCCAACUUCUCAGCUGGGGUGUUCUUCUUCUUCCUCAGUGCCAUGAUGUUGGUGUGCCUGGGAGCCUUCAUCCUUCUGAACUACCACCCUGCCGUGGCCCGGGAACGCCCAAAUGCCCGCUACCCCAACGGGGUCCUGGAGAAAGGCGAGGCAGCUCAGAUGAACCCCACAGAGCAGAAGGCCAUGAUCAAACAGUCUGAUAUCAAGCCCAAAAGCUGCUUUGGGACCGGGACGUACAGCCGGAUACAGGUGCUGUACAUGUUCUUCAUCCUGGCCUGGGUCAACGGACUGACUAACGUUGUGCUUCCCUCAGUGCAGUCCUACUCUUGUCUGCCCUAUGGAAACAGUGCCUACCACUUGUCGGCCACCAUGGCUGCGGUGUCCAACCCUCUAGCCUGCUUCAUUGCCAUGUUUUUCCCAACAAGGUCCUUAUUGCUGUUGGGGGCUCUCACUUUGUUUGGCAGUGGGAUUGGAGCCUACAUUAUAGGCAUGGCAGUGCUGAGUCCAUGUCCUCUGCUGGUCAAUGAAACCUCAGGAACCUUCCUCAUUGUGGGCUCCUGGAUCUUCUUCAUCCUCACUUUGUCCUAUGUUAAGGUGAUCAUUGGUGUUAUCCUCCGUGAUGAGGGCCACAGUGCCCUCGUGUGGUGUGGAGCAGUGGUGCAGUUGGGGUCCUUCAUGGGUGCAGUCACCAUGUUUCCCUUGGUCAGUGUGUAUAGUUUAUUUUUAUCAGGAGACCCAUGUAAUACAAAGUGCCCCUAAAUUAUGCUAAACAACGAUGAACCAGGCAUAUUCUGAGAAACAUAUUUGAUUAAUUCUUCCGAAGCAUGUGUACUUCAUUAGUAAAAAUGCAAUUGAACAACUAACUAGUGAGGUGAACAGAAUUCAACCAACUCGUAGGAGUAAAGUAAGGUAUACCCUAUAUAAGGUUCAGGGUGAUUUACUAUUUGGACAACACCCUCCAAGUAUCUUGUCAUGUGACAUUGGUGCUAUUGAUAAGCUACCGUCAGAGCCUCUUUUCACUUUACACUAGCAGCUUGUGGAUGGUAAAAUUAGGGACUUUUGUCAGUGCAUGCAAAUAAUACCAGGCAGCGAAUAAGCACCUUUAGAGAGUAGCGAAUACCAGGUAGAUAGAAAGAACAUUCAGCUCUCCGGAAGAUAAAAGCCUAGUGUUUUUGUAGCAGACGCUGUUGAAUAAAUGGACUUGUGAUUAGCUAUGUCAACUAUUGUGGUUGCCCUAAUCUAAUGUUGACAGAUCAAUGUCUGACAGUUUGGACUUCACAAGAGUUAUGCGGAGUCUUGAAUGGACCAUUCUCACUGUGGAGAAUCUUUCAUAGGAAUUCAGUGAUUAUAUAGCAAUUUUAACAUUUGGUCAUUUAUUAUUUACUCAUUUGGUAAUUUGUUUACUCAGCUCCCGAGUGGCUCAGCGGUCUAAGGCACUGCAUCUCAGUGCAACAGGCAUCACUACAGUCCCUGGUUCGAAUCCAGGCUGUAUCACAUCCGGUCGUGAUUGGGAGUCCCAUAGGGCAGCGCACAAUUAGCCCAGCGUCAUCCGGGUUUGGCCAGGGUAGGCAGUCAUUUGCUCUUAACUGAGUUAAAAUAAAAGUUGAGCAAAUUAGAGUUAAGUGCCUUGGCCAAGGGCACAUCAACAGAUUUUUCACAUUGUUAGAGCCAGCGACCUUUUGGUUAUUGGCGCAAUGCUCUAACCACUAGGCUAUACCGCUCUGUAUUGUAAUGUAUUGUAGUAUACUGUAAACCUAUUACAGUUCAUUAAUAUAUUGCAGUGGCUUUAACAGACUUUCUGUUGAGAUGAAUAAAAUACCCCGAUAACAUUAAAGGGGCCAUCUGCAGUUCAACUCAGAGGUUCAACCCAGCACUGUUUUGGUAAAUAGCUGAGGGAUGGAGCUGGAGAAAUGCAACCACUCUCAAAUGUAUUGUCAGGCAAAAUUAAUCUUAUAUUUUGGGUUCUGAUAGGGAAUGAGAGUUUGAGUUAUAUUCUUUAAGAAUCAAUGGAUAUAUAACAUAUUUUAAAGCCUUAAAAUGUAUGUACCAAUCACAUAUUUUUCUGCAUACACUCAUUUCUUAAAAUAUCAGAAAAUGUGAUUUACACACCAGUGUGUUUAAUAUUUAUAUAUAAUAUAUAUAUAUAUCUUCCAAAAAUAAAGGUAUUAUAAGCAAUUGUACAUUACUUUGUAUAAUAAAAAUAAUAGGUCUUUAAUUUGUUACAUUCACUGCAAAAAUUGACUAAAUUUGACUACAAAGACGUAGUCCUCAAGCUCAAAUGGUGGUCCUCAAGCUUUUAACUGUGAUAUGGUGGUCCUCGGAACGGAAAAGGUUGGUAACUGCUGGUCUACACAAAUUAAUAAAGUUAUGUUAAUCCCAACAUUUCAUUCAAAAUAUAAAGGUAUAAUGAUUUAUGCA